AUGCCUGUCACCAUUACUACAGCCAUUCACGCGUCUCGUGUGUGGGAUACGAGAAAGGCUGAUACCGCUGCGGAGCUCCUCAAGACUGCCUCCCCCAAGGAUGCCCAGCAGAGUCAACAGAUCAUUCAGAGCUCUUACUCUAAGGAGACGCUACAACAAACUCACACAUCACCGUCUCGUAACGGACUCGUAUAUGCGGCGUACCACGCGUAUAGCGCGCAUCAUCACUUGAUUAUUCGACCGGAAGACGUGUGGUUCGCCAUCCUUUCUCAGCUGAACUUCUACAUCAACGCGCAUGCCGAGGAGCUGCGCGAUCACUUCGUCGCACAUAAAGGCCAGAAAAAGCUCGAGGUCUAUGCCAUCGGUAACAUUCACACUGUUGACUUUGGCGCACUCGCAAGGCAUAUGACAAAGGAGAUACAGGCCAACGUCAAGGACCCAGAUCUGCAGGCUUGGAUCAUGCCAGACUUCAGCACCACUACUGAGAGUGACCGCGCAGUGGCUGCUGUACUGAUGAUGGGCGCUAUGCAGAAGUACUUCUCGUAUCGUAUGAGCCUUAUGUGUGGCAUACCAUCCGUUACGUUACUUGGCGAGCGUAGCGACUGGGAAAACAUACUCGAAAAACUGAACAAACUAUCCGAGUUCGGCGACGAGCCCACUACUUUCGCUGAGCUUCUGCGCCCAAUCCUCCGCAAUUUCAUUGCCACUUUCGACGCUCAACCUGAGCCAAGUGCAGACGUACUCGACUUCUGGUCUAAGAUUGCCGAUAGGCGCUCGGGUGGCAGCGGUCCCAGCUACAUGUCAGGCUGGAUCACGGCUUUCUGCAUGUGGGACGAAGACGGGAAGCUAUUACGCCACACCAGACCCUCGGAUUAUGGCCUCGAUCUCGAGGACACCAGGUAUCAUCAAGUCGAUAUCUCAAAGAUCCCAAGUGGAUUCGCCUCGGUUCCAGUGACGGUUGAUGAUAACGGGCAGGUGUAUCACACAAAGAUGAUCGCUGGCUCCUUUGGCAUCCAGGCCACAAGCAGCGGCCAGAAGACAGACUCCGAAGAACCGGGUCUGGACUCAGUACAGCCAUCCAGUGGAUGGAUCAUGUAUGCGGUAGCUGAGUAAACCGCAGAGACUUUAUGGCUGAUGUGCAAAGGUGUACAUACAGUGUCUUUUAGUUCAUCGUUCGAAUCACUUGGUGUCAAAAAAGUUAUGCAGCGUCUGUUACAAAUGCUAAUCAAUCCUCUCCCAAGAUUUAGACUGAUUGACUGGAUGGCUGAACAAAACUUGCGUCUAUUAAUAGCACAAGUACCGCCUUCCGAAGGACAUAGUAGACGUGUGGAUUUGGUUAUGGGAGCUCAUUCAGAAAUGAAGAUUGUGGUGCCGAUGUCGAACACCAAUUUUAGCACACGUAUAACAAACACAGUCCGACAA